GUCAGUUUUUGUUCCGUGACGGAAUGGAAAAGAAGACGGAACUUCCGUGUUUCAGUGUUUCUUGUGUUCUCUCACUAAAAGUUAGAAAAAAGAAGCACACAAAGCAGUUGAAGCUUGUUAUGACCACCGCUAACAGCAUGAUGGUGAAAAUGAAGAAAAACGUGGAGUCAGCAGGUUAAACAGCGAGAGGAUGCUGCAGAGGGAGAAAUCUGGGAGGUUUACUCUAAUAGAUUUAGCCGCAAACACCGAGCAGGAGCAACUGGGAUUAAACCGAGAUGGUGUUUUAAACCCCAGCGGACCUAUUGGUGUUCCCUGUGAAUGUUCAGCAGAUGGUGUUGAUCAAAGGAGCAGCUUCUGAAGAACUCAGGCCUGGUGUGAGCCAGAUGGACCUGGAGAUCCUCAACAUAAAGAGGGAAGAGGAGGAACUACUUAAUGAGAAGGACACUUAUGCCACCAAGAUUUCAUUUAAUGCUGUUUCUUGUAAGGAAGAUGAGAAUAAGGUGUUGUCGCAGUUCGAUCAGCAACAAACUACAAACAGAGAUCUUCCAACAAGCAGCCCAUCUGCCUGGAUGAAAGCAGAAAGUGCCGGAGAGGACUACAGAGGAGCAGAAAGUACAAGGAAUCCAGAUCUAAAUCCUUACGAAGAAUAUUCCAAAUCUUCACAGACUGAAAUCAGUGGGAAUGAAGAUGACCAGGACAGGAACAGUUGCAACUGUCACCUGAAACCCUUGUCAGACUCUGAGACAGAAACUGAAGACAGUGACCUAGAAUAUAAUGAGAGUAUGUCUUCUGAGUCAGGUGGUAAGGCUGUGGAUAAGUCUCUUAGCUGCUCUGAGUGUGGUAAACAUAUCCACAAGUGGCCUCUUCACAAACAUGUUAAAGUGACAAGUCUUUCAGGAACAAGGUCAUCAAGUUGUUGGGAACAUGAAAGUGUUGAAGUGAAUCAAAAUGUAGAAUCAUACAGGAAAAUCCAGAAAAAACUAAAAUUGUUUAAUUGUGUUAAUUGUGGGUUUUCGUUUAGCAAUAAGUCCCAUUUAAACAGGCACAUGACAGUCCACACAGGACAGAGACCUUUUGCUUGUGAUGUUUGUGGACAAACGUUUAGCCGAAAGGCACAUUUAAAAGGUCACAGAAAAGUCCACACAGGACAGAAACCUUUUAUGUGUGAAAUUUGUGGAAAAAGAUGUAACCUAAAGACAAAUCUUCACAGGCACAUGAGAGUCCACACAGGACAGAAACCUUUUAUGUGUGAAGUUUGUGGAAAAAGAUUCACCCAAAAGACAAGUUUAGAAGCUCACAUUACAGUCCACACAGGAAAAAAACCUUUUGCUUGUGAGCUCUGUGGGCACAGCUUUAGCCAAAAGAACAGUUUAAACAGACACAUGAAAAUCCACAAGGGACAGAAACCUUUUACUUGCAAGCUCUGUGGACAAAAAUUCAUCAUUAUGGAACAAUUAAACAGACACACACGUGUCCACACAGGACAGAAACCUUUUGUGUGUGAUGUUUGUAGAAAAGGAUUUAGCCAAAAGACAAAUUUAAACACUCACAUGAGAGUUCACACAGGACAGAAGCCUUUUGUGUGUGAUGUUUGUGGAGAAAGAUUCAGGCAUAAGUUAAGUUUAAACACACACACUAGAGUCCACGCAGAAAACUAAACACUGAUAAAACCACAAGGGUUCCUAUUGGUACCAUUAUAAUUUUCACAUCUUCGAUGUCAUUCUUGUACCUCUGGUGGCAGUCCUUUCCCCUAGAUCAGGACCUGGAUGGCAACUGUCCAGUAUGUUUUAAUGGUUUCCCUGUUCCAACAGACUUGAUUCAAUGGUUCAGUAGUUCAUCAGUCUAUGCAGAAGUCAGUCAAUCACCUACUAAAUAAAAUUUGGUGUGAUAGAGCAAGGAAAAAACAAAAAAAGUUCUGUAAUUUACCAUUUUCACAGUUCAGCCUAUCACGGGAUGGACAUCAGAGCUGUGUGCUAUAAUAUUUUAUAUUUUUUUCUGUACCUUUAACUAUUGUGUGAAUAUACAUGCUUACGUUUAAGCCACAGGCACAUUGUACCCGCCUCUGGUGUGCCCAUCGACAUAUAAAUAUUGGACAAUGGGUGUCCAUAGGUUCCAAUAACACGUUUUUGAAGAAAAAUGGGAGGUGGCCACCACCGCCAAUUUGACCGUGUCACAGGUUCCGUCAAGCCCAGAGAAUUCCACAAAAGGGAAGAGAAGUGGAGCUGAGGGUGGGGCUGUAAGGCUGGGAUCAACUGACGACACCCGGUCGAACUAGCUACAAGCUGACCUGAAGCUAACCCAAAGCUAACGCGGAGGUGGGAGCUAAGCUAACGGAGGUAGCAACCUAGCUACAACCGGAGUUAACUACACCAGAGCUUCUGAGUCAGAGAUACGCCGGGCUGACCGCUGGGUAAAACCGGGUGGAACACAGAGGUCUCCCGAGAGCUCCACAAGCCGGCAGCCGCAAAGCAGACAGAAGCCGCUGUGAUCUGAGAUGCGCAGAGCUGCCGCUGGGGAGAACCGGAUGGAAAGGUUUCCUUCCAGAGCUCCACAAGCCGGCAGACCGCGCAGCAGACAGAAGCCACAAUCAGACAGAGAUGCGCCAAGCUGCGGGGAGGGGAGAACCGGGUGGAAAACAGCGGUCUCCCGAGAGCUCCACAAGCCGAUAGUCGGAACCCAGCUCCACCAACAUGUUAUAUUUCAACCCAUUUUCUAAAGUGCAGCAUUAUGUUAAAUGCACUGGGUUUUACCCUAUUACAUUUAAAUUUCAUGGUUAAACAGUACAUGUUAAAAUCUAAGCUCAGCUCGACAGUGACCUAAAAUACAUAAAUAUAAUUUUACUUACUGAAAAAAAUGAAAUGGAGACUCCUUGGAUGCUCCAUUAGUGCAAUUAAUGCCACAUCAAGUCAUUUUGUCCAACAAUUGCACAAAUAAUAUCCAAAAAAGAAUACACAAACGCUAGAACUAAUGGUCUAAGUUGAGAGACUGAAAAUGACCGAACAGUUUUCAGGAGAGGCCGAGGCUCAGACUGAGGCCUUUCCCCGGAGCCAGCUCUGCGGUCACGUGGGUCAGAUACUCAUUAAUUAUUCAGAAUUUUAGGCUUUUAAUACACUUAGAAGAGUGAGAAAAAAAUGCACCCCCCUCAGAGUUGUCAUGAGUGUAAACUAGAUAAUUUAAACAAAAAACAUGUUUUGGAACCAGGCUGUAAACAUGUUCAUUUCUGCUGUGAAAUUGAUAUUUUUAACAUGGGAGUCAAUUUGCUUGCUUCUGACACCAGCCCCCAGCGGAUGAGGGUGGAACUGCAAUUUUUGGUACUUCCAGGUUUGCUUCAAUUUUUCACCCGCAUUGUGGGGGCUUGGGUGUGCCCCAGGCUUAACUUGCUGCUUGUACACCUGAAUUUUCCCUCUGUGGGGUAAUAAAACAUAUGAGAAAUAUGUCCUCAGUGAACAGUGCAAUGGUUGGUAAUGAAAUAGUUUUGAAAUGAUAGAAGAAAUACGCUGUUAGUGUGUGUGUGUGUUAAUCUUUGUGCAGAUUAGAGUGAGGUUUUACACGUUUUCCUUUUCAUUCCAUUUCAAGCAAUAAAGUUUAAGCGAUUUUUCUUACCAUGUGGCAUAUUUUAAGUCAAAUUUGGACUUUACUAUACAGAGAGAGUUUUAUGUUUUCAGUUGUAAUUAUCUUAACAUUGCACACUACUUGCUUGAAGUAAAUAUUUUGCUUUCAAAACCA